AUGGCUCUACCCCCACCCAGCUCACGGGGUUUUACCCCCCCGGAGCUGCGGCACGUGUCAGGCGUGGACUGCGCCCCGGGCAGCGCGGAUGGUGCCUGGCCCAAGGAUGUGGGCAUCCUGGCCCUGGAGGUGUACUUCCCUGCCCAGUACGUGGAUCAGGAGGAGCUGGAGCGGUUUGAUGGCGUGGAGGCCGGCAAGUACACACGGGGCCUGGGCCAGAAGCAGAUGGGCUUCUGCGCCGCCCACGAGGACAUCAACUCCCUGUGCCUGACCGUGGUGCAGCGGCUGGUGGAGCGCGGGCGCCUCUCCUGGGACGCCAUCGGCCGCCUGGAGGUGGGCACUGAGACCGUCAUCGACAAAUCCAAGGCCGUCAAGACCGUCCUCAUGCAACUUUUCCAUGACUCUGGCAACACUGAUGUGGAGGGCAUUGACACCACCAACGCCUGCUACGGGGGCACGGCCUCGCUCUUCAAUGCAGCCGCCUGGGUGGAGUCCAGUGCCUGGGAUGGUCGCUACGCCGUGGUGGUGUGUGGGGACAUCGCUGUCUACGCCACGGGGAACGCGCGGCCCACGGGAGGUGCUGGUGCCAUUGCCAUGCUGGUGGGACCCAACGCCCCGCUGGUGCUGGAGAGAGGCCUGCGUGGAACCCACAUGGAGCAUGCCUACGACUUCUACAAGCCAAAUCUGUCCUCUGAGUACCCGGUGGUGGACGGGCAGCUCUCCAUCCAGUGCUACCUGCGGGCGCUGGACCGCUGCUACGCCGUGUACCGACGGAAGGCGGAGACCCAGUGGCAGCAGGCUGGCAUCCAGAGGCCCUUCACCCUCGAUGACUUCAAGUACAUCAUCUUCCACUCACCCUUCUGCAAGCUGGUGCAGAAGUCGGUGGGGCGGCUGCUGCUGAACGACUUCUUGGCCUCCCCCAACCCCGACACAGCCUCUGGCCUCUACAAGGGACUGCAGUCCUUCCGCGGUGUGAAGCUGGAGGACACCUACACCAGCAAGGAGGUGGAGAAGGCAUUCCAGGCUGCCAGCCAGGACAUCUUCAACCAGAAGACCAAGCCCUCACUCCUCCUCUCUUCCCGCAAUGGCAACAUGUACACACCAUCCAUGUAUGGCUGCCUGGCCUCCCUCCUGUCCCAGUGCUCAGCACGGGACCUGGCCGGCUCCCGGAUCGGUGCCUUCUCCUACGGCUCGGGACUGGCGGCCAGCAUGUUCUCCUUCCGUGUCUCGCAGGAUGCAGCCCCAGGCUCACCCCUGGACAAGCUGGUGUCCAGCCUGGCUGACCUGCCCGCUCGCCUGGACGCCCGCAAGCGCGUGGCCCCACAGGACUUCGCCGAGAUCAUGAAGCGACGGGAGGAAACCCACCACUUGGCCGACCACGCUCCCCACGGCUCCCAGGCGGAUCUCUUCCCCGGAACCUGGUACCUGACCCGGGUGGACUCCAAGUACCGCCGCGAAUAUGCCAGGAAGCCCAUCUAGAGUGGGAUCACCAGAGUGGUGAGCCCUGGGGAGGGGGAUGCUCUCUUUCCCCCUGUUCAUUCCCUGCAUCUGGGCUGGCCUGUGUGGGAAAGUUCCCUUUGUAUGGGUGGGGAAUGGCCAGCAGUGGCUCAGGCCCCAGAGCUGCUGGAGAUGGCAGCGUCUUCUGCAAACACCUGGGCAGUGCAGGGGAAUAAAGGUGCAGAUGGGAGGGGCAGCAGUCCA